GGCUGUGGAGGAGGAAGUCCGGGGUCGCUUCCGGCGCGCAGGGAGCGCAGUCCGGGCGGGGUCGUAGCGUGUCUCGCGUUCCGUGCGGCAGGUGGGGGAGACGCGGUCGCGAGUGGGAGGGAGAGUCCGCACCACAGAGGUGGAAGAGGACGGGAUUUAGGCUGGAAGCGCCUUAGAGGAGCCAUUUCCAGGUUCUUGAAGCUUUCCUGAUCACCCGCAUGAUUCUCAUCUUGAUUUGAAGGAUGGCUGGUUUGGUUUUAUGUGAACCAACAGAGCUUUACAACAUCUUGAAUCAGGUCACAAAACUAUCCCGACUGACUGAACCCAACUAUCUCUGCUUAUUGGAUGUGCGUUCCAAACAGGAGUAUGAUGAAAGCCAUGUGAUUACAGCCCGUCGAGUGAAGAAGAGAGCAAAUGAGUAUCUUCUCCCGGAGUCUGUGGAUCUGGAGUGCGUGAAAUACUGUGUGGUGUAUGAUAACAACACCAGCACCCUGGAGAUCGCCUUAAGAGGGGAGGACGAGGAGGACAACACCGAAGAUGGUAGACACGAACUGGUGCCCGGAGCUGCCGUGGAGUGUGGCAGGGUGCUGGCCCACCUCACCCACCACCCCAUCUGCAUCCUGAAAGGAGGCUAUGAACGCUUCUCAGCCAUGUACCACUUCCUCCGGACACAGAAGAUCAUCUGGAUGCCACAGGAACUGGAUGCCUUUCAGCCCUACCCUGCUGAAAUCAUGCCAGGCAAGAUCUACCUGGGCAAUUUCAGGCAAGCCUGCGACCCGAAAAUUCAGAAGGAUUUGAAAAUCAAAGCACAUGUCAAUGUCUCCAUGGAGACAGGGCCAUUAAGUUCACCUCCGGCUUGGCUCGGUCAUCCUGGUCUUUUCCACCCUGGGCAUCAGUCGCAGCUGUGCGGCCACCUUGGCCUUCCUCAUGCAUUGGAAGGAGCAGACCUUGAAGGCCGUGCAGCCACUAUUCUACUCCCUGUCUCUAUGAUCUCAACUACUCUAGGUACCUCAUAUCAGUGGAUCACACAGUAUUUGUCUUUUUGUUGCCUGGUUUAUUUCACUUCUCAUAACGUCCCCAAGGUAAAUCUAUGUUGUCUCGUGUGUCAGAAUUUCCUUCUUUUUAAAGAUAGAAUAAUAUUCCAUUGUGUAUGUAUGGCACAUUUUGUUUUUCUAUUCAUCCAUUGAUGGACACUUGGGUUGCCUCCAUGUUUUAGGUAUUGUGAAUAAUGCUGCUACAAAUAUGGGUGUAUAAAUAUCUCUUCAAGAGCCUGCUUUCAGUUCUUUUGGGUAGAUACCCAGAAGUGGAAUUGCUGGAUUAUACGGUAUCUCUAUUUUUAAUUUUUUGAGGAAUCUCCAUACUGUUUUUCCAUAGAGGCUGCACCAUUUUACAUUCCCACCAACAGUGCAGAAGGGUUCAAGUUUCUCUACAUCCUUGCCAAUGCUUGUUGUGUUCUGUUUUGUUUUUUUUUAAAAUAUUAUCUUAAUGGGUGUGAGGUGGUAUCUCAUUGUAGUUUUGAUUUGCAUUUCCCUAAUGAUUAGUGAUGUUGAGCAAAUCUUUUCAUGUGCUUAUUGAUCAUUCAUUUAUCCUUUGGAGAAAUGUCUAUUCAAGUUCUUUGCCUGUUUUUUAAUUGGGUUGUUUGGGUUUUUGUUGUUAUUAUUGUUGAGUUUUAGGAGCUCUUUCUAUAUUCUUCAUAUUAACACCUGGAUAUAAAUCAGAUAUAUGAUUUUUGGAAUGUUUCCUCCCAUUCUGUGGCUGCCUUUUCACUCUGUUGAUCGUGUCUUUUGAUGCAUAGAAGUUUGUUAUUUUGACGUAGUCCAAUUUGUCCAUUUUUUAAUCACCUGUGCUUUUGGUGUCUUAUCAGAGAAAUCAUUGCCAAAUCCAGUGUUAUGAAGCAUUUCUCCUAUGUUUUCAUCUAGGAUUUUUAUAGUUUAAGCUCUCACAUUCAGGUUUUCAAUCAUUUUGAGUUUAUUUUGUACAUGGUGUGAGGUAGGGGUCCAGCUUGACUCUUUUGCAUAUGGAUAUCCAGUUUUCCCAGCACCAUUUGUUGAAAAGACUGUCCUUUCUCCUUUGAAUGGUUUUUGACACUCUUGUUGAAGCCAUUUGGCCAUAUAUGCAAGGGCUUAUUUCUGGGCUGUCUCUCCUGAAUGUCUGUCUUUAUGCCAAUACCACACUUUUUGAUCACUGUAGUUUUAUAAUAACUUCAGAGAUUUGAAAUCAGGAAGUAUGAGAAUUCCAGUGCUGUUCUCUUUUUUCAAGAUUGUUUUGUCUAUUUGGGGGUCCCUUGAGAUUCCGUAUGAAUUUUAGGAUUGGUUUUUCAAUUUCUGCAAGAAAUGCUGUUGGGAUUUGGUAAAGAUUGCAUUAAAUCUAUAGAUACUUUGAGUAGUACUGACAUCCUAACAGUAUUAAGUCUUCCUAUCCAUGUGCAUAGGUUGUCUUUCCAUUUAUUUGUGUCUUUUUAAGUUUCUUUCAGCCAUGUUUCAUAAUUUUCAGAGUACAGGUCUUUUACCUCCUUGGUUAAGUUUAUUCCUAAGUAUUGAUGCUAUUGUAAAUGGAAUUGUGUUCUUAAUUUACUUUUCAGAUUGUUCAUCGUUAGUGUAUAGAUAUGCAACUGAUUUUGAGUGUUGAUUUUGUAAUGUGGCAACAUUGCUA